ACUGUCGCCGUGAGCGCCGGCGAAGUCGACCUCCGAGCUUCCGUGUCCGACGACGCUUCCGCUUGUUGGCCCACCUUUGGCAUACUGUCUUUCGCCGUUGAGAAACCCGGUUCCUUCUGCAUCGACUACGAUGUCCCAAAGAAGGAAAUUAGUGACUACAGGGCAUUUUGUUGAUCCGAAAGCCGUGGAAAAGAAAAUGAAGAAAAAAGUAGAAGUUUGUGGUCAAGUUAUUUUAUUUACGAUUAUCAAUGCUAAUUUACAAUUCUUGAAAAUCCGGUCCAAUUUUUCCUGUUCCUUUCCAUUUCCUAGAGUUCCGACAUGGGAAAGGGAUAGAGAUAUAGGAAUUGCAACAUACACUAUAGCGGUUCAUUCUGUGCAGGAUGUUCGGUUUCUGUUCACCAAGAAUUUAAAUAUGUUAGAGAGACCGUUGAACUUGACUUACACUCACGCGAUGAGUGAGAACCGGACUUUACUGAAUGGAACGCUUGAGCUUGAUUCAGCUAGCAAACUGUCGGCUAAUUAUGCAUUUCAUUCUGGGAACUGCAAGUUGAAAUAUAGCUAUGCGCAUGGGGGGACGACAUUGGAGCCAUGCUAUGACUUUGGAAAUAAGUCUUUGGACUUGGAAGCAUCUCAGAGGAUUCUUGAGGGCAAUUUGAUCAGGGCAUCGUAUAAGACAUCAAGCAAAACUUUGGGAUUGGAGUGGUCCUCAAAUUCCAAGCACAACAAAAAUUUAAGAUUCAAGGUGUCAGCAUUACUUGAGUUGGCAAAGGGAUUGCACAUGCCGAUCCUAAAUGCUGAGAGCAUCUGGGACUUUUCGCUUUAAUAUUUCCACCUACUGUUGAGAUCUUUAUAUGAAAAAGUAACUUCCUUUAGUUAAAAUGUACCGAGACAUUGCUUUUAAAAAAUCGUAUUGGUUUGAAUUCUGCA